AUGGGUUCCAUGGAAGCCAUCCUGUCUGCGCAGAUCGCCAGCCAAUUCUUCAGCACCAACAAGUUCAUGGCGAGCCCCGUACCGCAAAUGCAGAAGCAAUCUGAUGCCAGCAGAAGACAGGCGGAGAAGAAGGAGAUGAACAAUGAUUCUGCUGUCAAGUUCUUGGCGCCGGUGGCCGCGAGAUCCGGCGGCGACAGGGCGCGGCCCUCCCCCGCGCCGUCCGCGUUCGCCGUGCGCCCGCUCCGCCGCGGGCCCGCGCGCCGCCUCGGCUCCGUGAUGGCCGUCUCCUCCGACGUGCUCAAGGCCGCGCCCGCCGCCGCCGCGUAUCCGGCUGUCACACGCGAAGAGGCAUUGGAGCUGUACGAGGACAUGAUCCUUGGCCGUAACUUCGAGGACAUGUGCGCACAAAUGUACUACCGUGGCAAGAUGUUUGGUUUCGUCCAUCUUUACAACGGGCAGGAGGCCGUCUCCACCGGCUUCAUCAAGCAGCUGAACCAACCCGACUGUGUCGUCAGCACGUACCGUGACCACGUCCACGCGCUGUCCAAGGGUGUCCCGGCCCGUGCAGUCAUGGCCGAGCUCUUUGGCAAGGCCACUGGCUGCUGCCGCGGACAGGGUGGUUCCAUGCACAUGUUCUCUGAACCCCACAACCUCCUUGGAGGUUUUGCCUUCAUUGGAGAGGGCAUCCCUGUCGCCACUGGCGCCGCCUUUGCCGCUAAGUACCGCCAUGAGGUGCUCAAGCAGUCUAGCCCUGACGGGCUUGAUGUCACGCUUGCAUUCUUUGGGGACGGUACCUGUAACAACGGCCAGUUCUUUGAGUGCCUGAACAUGGCUCAGCUGUGGAAGCUUCCGAUUAUUUUUGUUGUGGAGAACAACCUAUGGGCAAUCGGGAUGUCGCACCUGAGGUCUACUUCAGAUCCCGAGAUCUGGAAGAAGGGCCCGGCAUUCGGAAUGCCUGGGGUACACGUCGAUGGGAUGGACGUCCUGAAGGUCAGGGAGGUGGCUAAGGAGGCAAUUGACAGGGCAAGGAGAGAUGAGAAAUCUCACUACGCUGCAAGGGACCCCAUCACAUCCUUGAAGAAGUACAUCAUCGAGCAGAACCUCGCGUCUGAAGCGGAGCUGAAGAGCAUCGAGAAGAAGAUUGACGACGUCGUCGAAGAGGCUGUGGAGUUUGCCGACGCGAGCCCGCUGCCCCCACGGAGCCAGCUGCUGGAGAACGUGUUUGCCGAUCCCAAGGGCUUCGGCAUCGGCCCCGACGGCAAGUACAGGUGCGAGGACCCCAAGUUCACUCAAGGCACGGCGCAAGUCUAA